GAGCCGGCUCAUAGUCGACCGCGACGAACGAGAUCGCGUCUUAUCAGCCUCAACAGGAGUCAGCCUGGCUAAAAGUUCGCCAAUCAUGUCACCAGUUGGCUUGGCGUUCCUCGGAUUGAUCUCUGCCGCCCUGGCCAAGCCGGGCAUCCUGUCCGGCCCGCUGAUCGCUACCCUGACACCUGGAGCACCCGUUGGACCCGAUGGCAGGGUCGUCGACACCCCGGAAGUCGCCGUAGCUAAGGCCGCCCAUGCUGCCGCCCAGGUCAACGAGAGGAUCAAUCUGGCCAACGAGGCUGCCAGGUCCUCUCUGGCUGCCCAAACCGCUGUGAUCAACCCUGCUGCCUCACUGGUCAUCGGAGGACCUGCUACUCUGCUGGUCCCUGGCGCACCCAUUGGACCCGACGGCAGGGUGGUCGACACUGCUGAAGUCGCUGUGGCCAAGGCUGCUCAUGCUGCUGCACAGGUCAAUGAAAGGAUCAGCCUGGCCAACGAGGCUGCCAGGUCCGUCGCGGCUGACUUAACCAGACCAGUCGUAAUCACUGGCGGAGUGUUAACAGCGGCAAGCCCAGCAGCCUCAGUGGGCCCUGACGGAAGAGUACAGGACACUCCAGCUGUGGCAGCAGCCAAGGCAGCGCACGCAGCAGCUCAAAUCAACGAGAGAAUCAACCUGGCCAACGAGGCUGCCAGAUCUGGGGCGGCGACGCUCGUGUCAGCUGGCCAAGCUGUGUCCGUGCCCUUACUGGCUGGCAAUGCUGUCCUGGUCCCAGGGGCACCGAUCGGUCCUGAUGGAAGGGUCCAGGACACGCCGGAAGUGGCUGUGGCGAAGGCUGCGCACGUGUCCGCUCAUAUCAACGAGAAGCUGAACCUGGCCAACGAGGCGGCCAAGUCUGCGGAUGUUGUCGCUCUCGCCGCACCGGGACUGGCUUAUGGAAGGGUUCUCUACUAAGACUGUGGGCCCAACUCACGCGGGAAUUACUAUAGAUUAUAACCGAUGUUUAGUUGUCUUUAGUUGGAAUAAAGAAACUGGCUGGAACUGUU